CCGGAUGUAACCAACUAAGUCAUCCGACAGCUGACAGGCCGUAUAGCACUUUAGCUAACGUCAUCUAAACAGGCAAAAUCUUAAUAUUUUAAUAAUUACUUCAUAGUGUGAUUUGAUAACUCCAAAGAGCAGAGAUGAUUAAAGCCAUCUUGAUAUUUAACAACCACGGGAAACCGCGGCUGAUCAGAUUCUAUCAGUAUUUUGCGGAGGACAUGCAGCAGCAGAUCAUUCGGGAGACUUUCCAUUUGGUAUCUAAAAGAGACGACAACGUCUGCAACUUCUUGGAGGGCGGAAGUCUCAUUGGUGGCUCAGACUACAAGCUGAUUUACCGACACUACGCAACCCUCUACUUUGUCUUCUGCGUGGACUCAUCUGAGAGUGAACUCGGCAUUCUGGACCUGAUCCAGGUGUUUGUGGAAACGCUGGAUAAAUGCUUUGAAAAUGUUUGUGAACUGGACCUCAUAUUCCACAUGGACAAGGUCCAUUAUAUCUUACAGGAGGUGGUGAUGGGAGGCAUGGUGCUGGAGACCAACAUGAAUGAGAUCGUAGCCCAGGUCGAAGUUCAGAACCGCAUGGAGAAGUCAGAGGGAGGUCUGUCGGCGGCCCCCGCUCGCGCCGUCUCUGCCGUGAAGAACAUGAACCUGCCCGAGAUUCCCCGCAACAUCAACAUCGGAGACAUCAAUAUCAAAGUGCCGAGCCUCUCCCCGUUCUGAACAGCAUUCCAGCUGAGCUCUGCAGGGCUGGUGUGCUACUGAUGCAGUUCCCCUCCACCCAGCUCUGUUGUUAAUACAGGGAAAACUGUUUUAUAUAUGUAUAAUGGAACCACAGCAGCUUUUUCUCCUCCUCAAUCUUUUCACAUGAACGGGAGAUAAGCUGUGAUUUAUUUUUGAGUUCUGCUGUGUACAAUUUACAGACUACUCCAGUUGAAGGAUUUGCACAAUAAUGUAAAGUUUGAUUCUAUAAAGCACCAAGAGUAAUAUUCAUAUCUAUGUGUAUUCUGCUAUUCUUCCUGUGUCUUUUAUUUUUUUAUUUUUUAUUUUUUAUUUCUUCAAUUGAUUUCCUACUCUUUCCAAAAGAAAAAUGAACUGUGUUGGCCCAGUCAUCUUUUUCCUCCACAACACUUCUAAAACUCUCAUUCAUCACCAGUUGUCCUGUCUAGGGUUUGAAAACGUUCCCUGCCUAGAGUGAGCUUUUGGACUCGGCACAGCUCACAGUAAUAAGAUCCUUUUGGCUCCUGUAUUCGGCUGUAAUUACUCAAACACAUCUUCGUCAUCUGUUCCAAGUGUGUGUGUGUGUGUCCAUACAUUGCAGGGAUUAGACCCGUCUGCUUGGCUCUUGUCAUAGUUUAUUUUUCCUUCUCUGUAAUAUAUCGUGUCUCUGACACCCUUGUGAUUUGUGAAUAAUAUUAUUGUUCUCCCGGGUGCAGAUUGUGCCCAGUAUGGCAAAUGCAAAUGCUGUUUAGUUCUAGCCAAGUUUUAAUGUGCUGUGGUAGUAUCUUGCCAACAUCUGUUCGGAGAAGCAACAGACUAACAAUGACCUUUUUUGGUUCUUUAAGUGUUUGUAUAAAGUGUGUCUGUGUCUUAUUGGCUGUAUUUAGUGGCCACAUAGAAUUAGAUUGUCAUUUAAGCCUCAUUAAGAGUUUUACCAUUAAGUCCUGUCAAGCCUCUCAAUGAAGGCCAAUGUUUCUGUGUCAAAGACAUUCGGCCCCAAGAUAAAUAAAAUAAAUGGAAAAAGCAAA